UGUACUGAUUAGUUGAUGAAAACAGCUAACGGCAACUAACAGUAGCCGCUCAGAACUGCUUUAACUGCAGUCUGCGCGACCACCUGUGACUUAGGUUCGGUGAAGAGGUUCGGCAGGGUCGCGGCCUCGCGUCCGCCGCUCGUGUCACGUGUCCGGGUCUUUAAACUUGCGUCUUCCCCUGUUAAGUUGGCCGCUCCACAGCGAUGCUGAGCAGCGUUGCUCUGCGGGCUCAGGUCGCCUCCAUCAUCGAUGCCCUGUCCAAAGCGGCGGUGGCGGAGAUCUCCAAAGUCGUGGAGGAUGGCAUGGUGGUGCUGCGGCUGGAGAUGUGCCAACGAGAAAGCGAGAUAAAGAAGCUGAAGAGCAACAUCGAGCUCCUUCACACGGAGCUGAGAGCUGCUCAGGACAGAGGGGGGGGAGGAGGAGGAGUGACCCUGCGACCUGACAGCCGCGGGGGGGAGGGUGGUCAGAGUGGCACUGGUGACGAGAGGACCUCACUGGAUAAUGUGCAUGUUGAAAAGGACGCCAGUAGCCUGUCCAUAUCUGAGAUCAAGGUUAAACCGGAACCUGUGGCUCAGGGGAGUAAAGAGAUCCGAGGGCAAGCAGAUGAGCUGGGAGAAGAGUUGGCUGUGUUUGAGGGGAACAGUGGCCAGUGGAAGUCAACGAAUCAAAACGAGGCAGGACGUAAUGACUCUGAUUUUUUGAAGUUAAGGCAGAACUCCAUGUCAUCUCUGCCUGAAUCCUCCCUGGACCCUGGACUGGCCGUGCCCUGCAGCAGCUCCGGUGGGUUUCAGCCCAGCCCGUUCAGCCGAGGGUUGCUGGGUUACAGUCAGUAUCGUAACUUGUACAACACGGCGCGAAGGCGGACGGUGAAGAGGCUGAUGUUCAAGAAGGGCUUCAUCUGUCCAUACUGUGGCAAAUGUUUUGAGCGUGCCGGACACCUCGAGAGACACAAAAGGAUUCACACCGGCGAGAAGCCGUAUCGAUGUGAGAUAUGUGGCAGGCGCUUCAAUCAGAAAUGUAGCCUCAAGGAGCACAUGAAGAUCCAUAGAAGAAGUAUUGAGCCCAGGCCAAAUGAGGUGCAGGAAAUCGAGGUGAAACGGAUUCCUGAGUUAAAUCUUUGUGCUGAUACCCAUCAGCCUGAGGAAGAGAGCCAUGUCAGUGCUGAGAACAGCCUUUCCAAGGAGGAGGACAUUCUCCCAACACCUUUGCAGGUCAAAUCUGAGCCCAUGGAGGAGAAAAUAACACAAGCACCAUUCCAUGGCUUAAACGAGCAGGUGAGGGAUGGAGGAGUAGACAACCUGAGUGAGAACUUUCCAGCUUUUGAGAGAGACAGCCAGCAGUGGAUGCCCAGACUACAAGGACAAAACAACGCGGAGAUGAGCGGCAUAGACUAUCUCAGCAGCUCGUCCCAGAACAUGACAUCCUUCCCUGGGAUAGCUCAGUUGCUCCCACCGCCAGUCGAGGCCUCUUGUAGCACCUUCUCGUUUCCGGGGAAACCAUACGGAGAGCUCGGCAACAGCAUGAUCUCGCAAACGCUCUACGGGUCUUUGGACACGCUCCUGAUACAGAGCGAGGCGGGUUUACACGGCAUGGCGGAGGCCUCGCUGAGUCACGCCCAGCCGAGGAGAGGCAGGCCUUCUCAGAUGUUCAAACCAAAGAAAAGCUUCGUGUGCUCGUACUGCGGCAAGAUCUUCGAGCGCGCCGGCCACCUCGAGAGACAUCUGCGAAUUCACACCGGGGAGAAACCGUACGGCUGCCAUAUCUGUGGGAGGUGCUUCAAUCAGAAAAGUAGCCUCAAGGGCCACAUGAGGACGCACAGAAAUGGGGAAACUGCAGAUGUGCUGGAGCCUCAUCACCUGAUGUUUACGCUUCCUGACAAUCACCCGCCGGAGAGCCUGACUGAGCCAAAGUCUGAUCUGGCAGCUUUUAAGGAACAGUUACCGGGCAGGGAGGUACACGGUGGACAAGCGGUCAUGGUGAAGGUGGAACCAAACGGGGAGGAUUUCCCGACUCUAAGUCAGGCACGUCUCGACAACGGCACGACAGCACCAGACCAAAGAGAGCUGUGGACGUCUGGGAUGGAGGGAGAGAGCGGCGACGCCAUGGUACGAACUGUCCGGGUACUUUCCCACGACGUCAAGUAUCACCUCAGUCCUGCAGCAGACGGCGAGCAGCAGGAGCAGCAGCAGCAGCAGCAGCAGCAGGAGCAGGGAUACACGUGCACGUCACCAGGCAAGGACGUGCCUUUUCUACACGACCAGGAAAAGAAGGACAUGAUGCACGGCGGUCAGUAUUCGGUGAUGGCGAUGCAAAGAAGCACAGACAUGACUCUCACCUCCGAGUUCCAGGAUCAACACAUCACGCGGGAAGUGGUCGUGAGCGAUUACGGCGCAGUCGGCCUUGACGCGAGCCGAGAGGGCGCCGCGUUUGAGUUCAACAUGGCCGCCGCGACAGGAAACCGCGAGGACAGCUGCGGUGGUGACGCCACCAGACAUAAUUGCUUUAUUUGUUCAGGUUGUGGGCAAAGCUUUGACAGUUUCAGUUUAUUUCAGCGGCAUCAGUGUCCAAAUAUCACUGAGCAAAGCUAAAACUCAAUCACAGCACUGAUAAAUAAUGAUGAACACAGAUCAGUGUGUAUUUGGCCGAUAGCUAUUACAGAUACCGAUAAUUAUUAUUAUUUUUCUCUUCUGUGGUUGGAGCACAAAAUCAUCUUUAUUAAUAAUAAUACACAUGGUACAAGAAAGGUACAACGUUCCCUGUAUGUUAGUGCUUUGGUCGAUGUGCUCCCUCUGCUGGUAAUAUUCCUAAUUACACAGCAUGUCAGGCCCGAGAAAUUACACUCAAAGAAAGGAAAACAAUUAGUUUGUUCUAAAUACUUAACCAAUUUAAAGACAAUCUUCUAUUAUAACAAGCCUUUGUAGCCUCUUGUUCAGCUACUUAUUCAAUUAAAAGAUAUGUAUUUUAGUCAAGGUCGUCUGAUGUUGGCUAACACUGAUUUAUGAUGCCAAUUUUCUUUUUUAUUGAUAAUUUUUUCCCCUCGUCCAUUCUAAUCUUAGUAACUUUAUACAUGAUACACAGAAUUGUUUGACUUCUACAUAUAUAUUUUGUAUAUAAAGCUUUAUAUUUUCAAAUUAACGUAUGAACUAAAUAUUAAACACAGGAAACGGGUGUCAAAUAUUAGGGGUGGGAAUUGCCAGAGAUGCCACGAUACGAUGUUAUCCUGAUAUUUAAGUAUCUGAAAUCGAUACUCACAACAGGACUGAAACAUCAGUUUUUUUAAUGCUAAUCCACAAAAAGUUGAAUGCCUAUUUGUAAAAUCAGUUAAAAAUUAAUGUACUACAUUAAUACAUAAUUAUUGGCCGAGAAUACAGUUAACCGUAAGCCGAUCAUUAAAAAUGGUAAAAAAUCGUCCCGAGUAUUCAAGUCUACUUCAAUUUGUCGGUUCCCAGAGCCCAGAUAAACAUUAGUGUCUGUAUCAGUGAAUGUUGCUUUACUUGUUUCAAGUAAAGACAAAAGUUUGUUUAGUUUUUGUCCCAUUUUAUUUUACAUAACAUGUUUUGCUGCUACUUUGACCUGCUUUUUUCAUCUCCUCUGUACAAGAAAGAAAGAAAGAAAGAAAAGACAAAAAGGAAAAAACCAUUGUCCUAACUCUUGACUUGAAAAAUGGUCUUUAGCCAGACAGACAGUUUAUUUAUUGACCGAACUGUAAUCAAGAUAAGUUUUGAUAAAGCUUUGUAAACCACACCAAUGUCUGUGGAUUCACAUUCACUGCCCUGUUUUGUAAAAUUGUUUUAUUCUGAGGGUGGUGCAGUGAAAGUACA